AUGUGUGCCACUCCCCUCUUCGCGUCCUUCAUCCUCCUCUACAUCCUGCAUCUCUUCGUGAAGAAAUUCCUGCUUUGGUCCAAACUACCACCAGGUCCAUGGGGCGUGCCAUUUCUGGGCUCAGCCCCCUCUCUCCUGGGAGGACACAUAUACAAGCGAUUGGAUUCCAUGAGGAAGAAGCACGGGGACAUCUUCACCAUCGGCUUGUUCCACAAGGAGCUCGUGAUUCUGAGCAACUGGGAAUUGGUGCGCGAUUUCUUCGGACGGAUGGAAGUCUCUGGCCGACCUGAUGCCAUGAUCUUUCGACAAAUCUCUUACGGAAACAAUGGCAUCGUUUGCUCGGAGGGGAGCCUGUGGCAAGAGAACCGUCGCUUCACCAUGCGGGUUUUGAGGGAUUUUGGAUUCGGGAAAAUGGACGCCUUGGAUUCUAUGAUCCAAGACUCUGCCCUUGAUCUCUGCCGAUACUUCAAAGAGAAUCAGCGCGAAUUGCAAGACCUGGGUCCCCGGCUCAAUCUUGCCAUCCUCAACAUCAUUUGGAAAAUGACUGCCGACAAGCAAUUCUCCCAUGAUGAUCAGGAUAUGCAGGACUUCAUGAAUCAAUGCAUGGAAGUUGUGAGCGACUCCAGCAUCCUCGGGCCCUUUCAAUUGGUCCCAGCUCUGGUCUACCUUUGGCCGCCAGCACUCCGGGCCUCUAGACGCAUUGAUCGCAAUAUGGCCGCCAUUUCCAAGAGAUUCCUGGAAGAAGUGGAAGAGCACAAGAGGAACCUUUCUUCAUCCGGGGUGUCCAAAGACUACAUCGAUGCCUACCUCACCGAAAUGGAACAACAGAAGUCUCGAGGAGAAAUCAAUCCCAAUUUCUCAGGUACCACUCUUAACAAGUGCGACAACUAA